GUUCCAGCGCCGCCUAGCAUCAGCAGCCAGCACCAGCACCAAACAAACCUCAACAAUAAAAAAACAACAAAAACUACAACUAUUACCAUCUCAACCAUUUCGACCACUACCACCACCAUCACCUGCCAUUAAAGUUACAAGUCACACACUCGCUCACAUUUACCACCAUCGUCUCCCAUACUAUCCCGUAUCAGUCCCAUAUAUUGCCAAUUUACCUCCAGUUUAAUACUCGGGCUCGGUAGCGAUCAACGAUGUCCAACACCGAUUUUCUCAGUCGAGCAAUCGACAUGGUGCACCGCGCCGUCGAGGCCGACAAGGAUACCCAAUACGAGAAGGCCUACCAGCUGUACUACCAAUCGCUCGAGCUGUUCAUGCUAGCCCUAAAAUGGGAAAAGAACCCAAAGUCCAAGGAGAUGAUCCGCCAAAAGACGGCCGAGUAUAUGGACCGCGCCGAGAAGCUCAAAGCCCACCUUUCCGAUUCCGACGCCAAGCGUAAGAAGCCUGGCCUGGUUGGUGCCAAUGGCUCAACCACCGGCGGCACAGGCAAGGGGAAACAAAAUGGCGAGGAUGGAGGUAUCGAUGAGGAUAGCAAAAAACUAAGGAAUGCCCUUGCUGGUGCGAUUCUCCAGGAUCGACCAAACGUAAAAUGGGAUGAUGUUGUAGGUCUGGAUGGCGCAAAAGAGGCUUUGAAAGAAGCGGUAUUGUUGCCCAUCAAGUUUCCCAACCUAUUCUACGGGAAGCGCAAGCCGUGGAAGGGUAUUCUACUAUAUGGCCCUCCUGGUACGGGUAAGAGUUACCUAGCAAAGGCCGUAGCUACAGAGGCCAAGAGUACGUUCUUCAGUGUAAGCAGUAGUGACUUGGUGAGCAAAUGGAUGGGUGAAAGUGAAAGGUUAGUCAAGCAGCUAUUCGCAAUGGCACGAGAAAACAAACCCUCCAUCAUCUUCAUCGACGAAGUUGAUGCCCUCUGCGGUCCCCGAGGCGAAGGCGAAUCGGAAGCUUCUCGACGAAUAAAAACCGAAAUGCUAGUACAGAUGGACGGUGUCGGGAAAGAUUCGACGGGUGUACUAGUGCUAGGCGCAACCAAUAUCCCGUGGCAGUUAGAUGCCGCUAUUCGAAGACGAUUCCAGCGAAGAGUACACAUCAGUCUACCCGAUUUGGCUGCGAGAACAACUAUGUUCAAGCUUGCUGUCGGGGACACCGCCACCACAUUAAAGAAUGAAGACUACCGCACAUGCGCAGAACUUGCUGCGGGUUACUCUGGCAGUGAUAUCACUAUUGCUGUUCAAGAUGCUCUCAUGCAACCAAUACGAAAGAUUCAGCAGGCGACACACUUCAAAGAGGUACCCAAAGAUGGCAAAGUAUUCGUAACACCGUGCUCACCAGGAGAUGCCGGUGCCAAGGAAAUGACAUGGGACGACGUCGACUCCGAGCUACUCCUCGAGCCACUGGUGGACCUCAAGGACUUCGUCAAGGCCAUCAAGUCAGCAAGGCCGACAGUCUCAGAAGAGGACCUCAAUCGUAAUGCGGAAUGGACCAAGGAGUUUGGAAGCGAAGGAAACUAAAAAUUUCCUUUCCUCCCUCCCUCCCUCCCCAAGCUACCUAAACCUAAAGAGAAAUGAUGGAAGGAAAUACCACAUGGAGAGCGCAACGGCAUCAGUAGGCGUUUUUUUGGGUGACUUUUUGUACUUGACUUGACAGACAUCAGUGGUUGUUUGAACUUUGCUUACUGGGGGGCAGGGGCGUUCCCCCACCCCUUUUUAUAAUCAUGGCUAGGUACAUACGAACUAGGUAGAUACUAGAUACCGAUGGAAGGUAGCUAUUGCCAUGCCAGAUUCAAUAUCCAAUGCUCGUUUAGUCGACGGAACAUAAUAGUGCGUGCCGGUGCUAGAUAUGGAGUGCAGGGACGAGAGACAUAUGAUCGUGGCAACGGGAAGAUUGCCGCUUCGCUUCCCCGUGGAUUUGCUAUUCGCAGGGUUGCUCUACGAUGACAUUGCUUUCUGUUCGAAGAUGAGGGGGUCAUGAACAUCACUCGACUC